GAAUGGAGCAGCUCAAUGCCACAUGAAUUUCUUGGUGCCUAUUAUUUAGAACAUGACAUGUCCUGGACAGCAGCAGCCGACUUCACUGCCCGUCAUCGUGAUUUAUCAGCUAUUGACCAGAUAAUAUCAGGUUACGAAAGUGGAAGCAAAGUAGACAAUUUAAUGUGUAUUGAUAAUUAAUAAGUGCAUGCCUGUUUCCUCUCACACAAAGCCUGUUUUCCAUCAACCUGUUAUCACCUUGCAAGGAAGAGAGAAUCAAGUUGUAGGCUCAGCUCUGCCAGUUCUUAAUUUGUGAUCCUUACUCCAGAACUAUCAACAAGAUGGAGUCUAGCACUAUGAAUGUAGAAAAAGAAUCAAAACAGUACUCGGUCAGCGAAAAGUUAAGCUUAAGUCUCUUUAAAUUAUUAGACAUGAACUAUGAUGUGACUGAUGAUUCAAUUUUGUCGAAACUUGCUUCAUUUCUGGAGGAAUUUCCCCUUGAGUAUGCACCCAACCUGUAUGAAACCAUUUACAAGGAUUGGUUAAUUGCAUGCGUUAGUCAUUGGAAGAGCGGAACCCUAAAACCUACAGUUGCAGUUUUUUCUAUUCAUGUUCUUAGAACUUUGUGUUCAAACCCAAUGUACUUUGAUCUCUUGAAUGAUGAAAAGCUUAUUUUAGAACAGUAUCAAGAGUUGAUUGAAAAAAAACUGAAAACAAAUCCUCUUUUUCCUAUUGCUUAUUCCAAAUUACUGACCAGCCUCAUAUCUCAUGAAAAAGGCUUAGACUACGUAGUUCAAAACGAGUUGUGGAAAACGGUCUUGUCAAUGUACAUCACAGAUGAAAGUUUGUAUGUGAAGAAAGAAAGCAGAGAGUUUUUGGUUGCUAUUUGUGCCAAAUCCUGCAGAAGGAGUGAAGAUGAUUUUUUGAAGAUUGUAUCUCAGAUUUUUGAGUCUUACGAAAAGUAUCGCCUGAGUGGCUCUGUAUUCUCCCUUAAAAAUGAAUACAAAAAGUACAAUCAAAUCUUAAAUUUACUAAUUUCAGUGCUAGAGAGUUUUUUAAUGCAACAAGAGUUUGGAGUUGCAAAAAAGUAUUUCACUGUAAGAACUAGUUUUUAUGAAAAUUUGUGGUCUGAUUUUCAAACAACACAAAGUAAUGAAACUCUCAUAAAAAUUGGCAAACUAUUGGUUAUAAAUGAGGUUUUAAAUUUCAAACAAAAGGAAAGUACAGCACUUGAACAUGACCACAGCAGCAAUUUUGAAGAAUUCCUUGCUAAAAUUUUGAUACGAUUUCUUGAGCGAGAUUCCUUGCGAGAAGUUACUCUGAUGUGUGAGUUGGCUGCAAAAUACUGUAAAGUAAACACAAAAAUGAUGGAGUCUGGACUAUUAGAAAGUUUAUUAGCCAUUAGACUGACUCCUGUUCAUGUUCUAUUACAACAACACAGUCCUGAAAGUGAAAAGAUGGCAGAAGAUUAUAGUUUUCUGUACUCUAAGUUUUUAAAUAAUUUUUCUGAAGGAAGUCUUCGUAAUUUUAUCACUCUGUUCAAACAGACACUCACUGCGCACUCAAAUUUAGAAUCAGUAGCAAUAUCUAGCAUGAUUGCCCUUGAAUCAGAGUUUGAUUGUGCCUUGUUACCAUACAAAAUGCUUGUGUUCAAUGUACUCACCACUUUAUUCCAUCAGUAUUUUGUCCCUAAAGAUACAGAUUCGUCAAUCAUACCAUUCUCCAAUUUUACCGAAAGUCGACUAACAUCCACUUUGUUACUUCAAUUAAAAAAUUCCAUCAUCAGGUUAGGAGAUUUUUUAGAUUAUGAACAAUUUCGCAAGUUACUAUCUGAUAUGGUUAUGUUCCUCUCAAUACCUGGUUUACCUCCUAACUCGUGCACUGCCCCUGCCUUAAGUGUAGUUUGUCAUAUUUUAAAAUCUCUGCCAAAAAAAGGAGAUGAGCACGUUAUUAGCAAGCCUCUUCAACCUAAUCUUGAAAGUGUUUUGCUAAAGUAUCUGUACAGUAACUCAUGGGAAGUGAGAGAUUCAACUCUAGAAGUUCUUUCUAGCUAUGCUGAGCUGGUAAAAAAAUCAGCUUCUAAUUCAGUCAUCAGCUUGCAGUUAGCAGAAGAUGUCCUCGAUAUUUUCCUAUCAGACUCCGAAUAUUAUGUGCGCGCCUCAGCCAUUGCCUGCUUGUGUAAUCUUGUAACAGUGGAUGGCUUGUGGUCACAGAUGAAUCAAAACAGCGUAGUAAGAAAACUUCUGGAUGCAAUCAUAUCAGAAGAUGAGGCCAUCGUUCGGAGGCAAUUUCCGUUGCUCUUUACUGAAAUUUAUAAAAAUGGUGGUUUUCCAGUGAAUUUAGAAGGUGAAGUAUUCUCCACUCUUUCAUCAGUUUGCACUAAAGACCUGCAUUGGGAAGUGUGUAUCAACACACUGAUUUUUUGGCAAGCGGUUAUGAUGCAUCACCUCGAGGUCUCAGCUUCAAUGCCCAAUGCAGAGAUCAGAUCUUUUUUUGUUAAACAACUAACUCAACUUAAUAAUUUGGGUUGUUUUCGAGUAUUAAUAAACUGUCUUUACAAUGAAGCUGACUUAGAAGUAUGCAAAAGAGCUGCAGUAAUUUUAGACGAGCUAUCAAGUCACUUAAAUAGGUAUCUCUCUUCGAACAUGGAGCAGAGGCUUGAUUUAUGUCAUGCUUUGUCAUGUACCCCUUCUGCAGGAAAGUUUCAAUCUCCCAAUUCAGAUGCCCUUGGCCCAAAAUUCACUCACGAACAGCAGAAUUCUAAUGGUCAAGAUGCAAAAGCAGCCUGUCUUUCUGAUGAAGUAAUUGAUUCGAUUGUUGGCUCCAAAGACAUUAAUCUCUUAGCAGGUGUUUACAAAAACCUUGGUAACUGGAAGCCUGAUCAAGUUAUAUCUCUCAAUAGUGAUACGUCUACUUUGACAGAAUCUGAGUUGGUUGACCUGUUUACAAAAAUAAAUGCUGCUGAGGUGGUAGAAGCUAAAAUUUUGUUUUUCAAACAGUCCCAGAAUAAUCUUGAAUCGCUGUUGAAUGAUAUUUUGUUACCAGGGUUCAAUAAUGCAGAGAAUCCAACCCUUGAUUGUUACUGAAUUACAUUGUUACAUUUUUUUUUUGUCAAAAUAUUUUUUUAAUUGCCUAUUACAAGGUGGAAUUUUUAAAAAGUCCUCAGAAAGUGACACUAGUAAGGUAAUCAUGGAUUUAUGUCCUUAUUGUUACAGCUCGCUUUUCAUACAGCCAUUUUUCGACACUGAAUCGGUUUGUUCUAAACAAAUAGGUAAAUUUUCAUCCUGUCUAAUACCCGAAACAACUUCUCUGGCCUGAUUGUUGAAAUUUUGUAUUUCUAGGCAAGAUAAAAUAAAACCAGUCUGAAAUUCAGUAACAUCAUCAGCUUAUCAAAUAAUUUGAAUAGUGCUCAGCAGAAAAUAACCGAAUUUUAUCAUUAAGUUUAAGUAUGUUUGUGACAGUGGUUAGCAAAAUCAUUCAUAACUUUUAAGGAAAGGAAAUAUUUUUCCAAAAAUAUUACCGAACUGAAUUUUGUGUAUUAAUUUUCAACUGGUUGGGGUUCUGGGGUUAGAUUGUUUACUGCUUGUAUUAUGAAAACUCAUUUUUCUCAUCAAUUUUUUAUUUACUUCUAAGAAAGAAUUGCCAAUUAUUAAAAUUGAAUGAAACUCGAACUGUUUAGCAGGAGUUUUCUGUAAAACUUUGGAAAAUAUAUUCCUAAAUCAUUUGAUUCUAUUUGCAACAGGAACCAGUUAAUUUUAGGCUUAUGAUUGUAUUCUUUUUAAGCUACAUAGAGCACUCAAGACAAGAGUUGCAGAUAAAUUUUUCAUUUGUGGUUAUGACACCAUCUUUUCAAUGUAUUUUCCG